GGAUAUUCAACGCCCGCAUUGGCACAAAACGAGGCCAAUCCAAUAAAAAAUGUUGCACUAACGGCAGAGGCAGCAGUUCAUUCAGACCGCUAGAGCAGUGAACAACGUCUCUUCAAGGAGAACAGUGGACAAAAGUGCUACAGCAAACACCUUCAUAUCAAAGCACAUUUAAAUCUAGUGUACAAAAAUAAGUGAUUUGAUAUUCAAAAACUGUAAAUACAAAUACAUUGUUUACUACAUAUUAAUUCAUUAAAAAUAAAAUUAGUUUUACUUAAAACAACACAGAGUGCGAUUUAUAAACAAGGCAAAAUGUGCUGCGCCAAACGCUCGAACCAUUUUUUGAAUUUGGUAUUCAUACUGGGUCUGUUGGUGUCGACCGUUGUAGCGGUGCCAACUUCUGUGCUGGUGCAGAACUCUGAAGUGACAUCCAAUAUUAAUGCGGCCAAUAAUAAUCACAAUCAAAUGACGAAAGUGAAACGUUCUUCAAAUAACGCAAACGAGAUGAUGUCAAAAGAGACUUCGAACGACGCAGCUUCCACAUCGGCUAAUAAGAAAUCCAGUCCUGAGGUACUACCGCCAGCGUUUAAUAUGCCCUCCGCUACGCAGCAUUCGAUCGGCAAUAACUUUGCGAAUGGUAACAAAGCGAGUGGUGAUGGAAACUUCAACUCUAUUUCAGAUAAACAGGGAACUGGUGUACUAACAAUGCCCUCGAAUGAAGAUAUAAUUAAUUCUGCCAUAGCUGCUGGUCUAACCGCUGCUGCAGUGGAGGCAGCCGCUGCGUCAAGUCAACGCGAUUUGGAACAACAACAGCAACUCAAGCAACAGGGUGAUGAAGAUGCGCCCACACUCUUGCAUAAGCGCGGAGUUUCAACUCCACAUUACCUCUACGGUGGAAUGAGCGUGGGCGGACCUUAUAGCUAUAACAGUGGCAAUGGCAAUGGUAAUAAUUAUGGAGUCAGUGGAGGUGGUAAAAACGUCUAUGGCGGUAGUGAUUACUAUAAUAAUGCAUAUCUGAAUAAUCAAUUGGCAAUUGGCGGGGAUGUGGGUCUGUCCGCGGUACCAAAUGGUGUUUGGGCUGAUGAAAUGGAUCCUGCAGUUGUUUAUACCGAUAUACAGGAAGAUGACUACUUGCCCGCACCACGAGCAUCUUCGCACCGCAGUAAGGCCUACGACAAUUUACAAAACAUUCUCAAUGCGGAAGCUUAUCCAGAAUCAAUGGCAUUGUCAUUGACGCAGCCUCAGUACACGAGUCGGUUUUAUGGCGCCUUAAAUGGUAAUAAGCGUUCGAAUAGAUACGAUGGCAACAGCAUAGGUGCUCACAGCGGCAAUAACCGAUUCGCCGAUAUGCGCCUCAAACGUGAUACUAAACUAACCCCUGCUGAUAUGCUGGCACUAGUUGCGCUAGUGGAGGCAGGUGAGCGCGCACGUAAGGAUACCGACACCGACACAAGUAACAGUUACAUGUACCCAUCAGUCGGCAUUUCGGCUGCACCUGAAUCCUAUGGAAGCAACUACAAUGGCAUGAAAAACUAUUAUCCAACUGCGCCUAAUGCUUACGACUACCCCGCCAACUUGGAUGAAUUGGACGACAAUGCGGGCACGUGGUUGGAACCAAACAUGGUGGAUUACUAUGGUGUGCCAAUGAAUAUGGAAACAAUACCUAAAUAUGAGCUGCAACGAGAGCACAAAUAUGCCAGUUCAUUGGGUGGUGGUAAUGGCAACCGUUAUGGAUUCAAGCGUUUCAUGGUAGCCAAGAAGAAACGUUCUAUGGGAAAUUUUCUAAACGAACCAGUUUCCAAGCCCAGCAUUAGCAACAAUGUCAAUGGUGAAAAAAUUUAUUAAAUGGUUGAUGCAUUUUCUGCGCGUUUCCUCCCUCGUUGGCAGAGGAAAUUAUAAUACAUACAAAAAUACAUAGACUAAGUAAAGCUCAAAAAUAUGUCAAAUUAGAAACAGGUUAUAAGUGAAAAAUAUUAUUAUACAUACCUAUUAUACUAUGUACAACCCACAAAAAUAUCAGCCACUAAUUCAAAAUGAUACAGAAAGUUAUGAAGGGUGAUGUAUAUUUUCGUUUAUUUUAUUUUAAUGAACUCGGUGCUAAAAGCCGCAGCAUUGGUAUGUAAAGGAUCCUGAUCUAGAUUUUUCCAAUAGGGCAGUCCAACAGAACGUAGAAGACCUCUUGCUUAAACUGAGUCUCAGAAUUUUAUUUGUGUUUUCUUGAUUUACGAUGUUUUUUUGGAACGUAUCUAAAACCCAACCACAUCCACUUAUUUCUCAAAAAUCCAAGAUGCGCAACUUAAUCGACUCCAGCAGACCAAUGCGUGGUUUUUGUUUACGAUAGCGAAAGAUUCAAAUCGAAAAGACAAACUAUCGAUGCGCGUGAACGAAUCAAAGUUAAUCAUUUUCACAAGAUCGACUAAAAUUUUGUUCGUCAAAAAUGUCUAAAGGAAUACAGAAACAGCUCGAUAAUCUGAACACUCGGUAAUCCAAGCACCGCGGUAAUCAAUUGCAUUGUAUCCUCUAAAAAUCGAAUAUUACAAUUUCUUUAUAUAUUUUUAAAGAAAUGAACAGUACUUUUUUGAAAGAAAAUUUCAUUUUGCUCACUGAAUUUUCUUAACCAUUUUUACACAAGGGUGGCUUUAAAUAAGCGAAGGAACGUUUCGACAAGAAAAAAUGCCUAAAAACUGAAAGUUGCGCAAAGAUCUGCUAACGCAAGUUCGAUCCUUAACCAAUUGUCCAAGUCCAACUAUUCAAUAUUGGUGUGGUUUUGGAAACAAUUUCGCUUAUCUUUGCGUGACUCUCCCGUUUCAAUGAUUGUCUGAAAUAGAGCUACAUACUAACAUAUUUCUUUAAAUUCAAGAAUUGUAAAACAGGUUUCCAAAAUAUUUAACAUCGACAUAUAAACGAUUGUGUCAAAAAGUCGUCUGAGAACUACAUAACAAUUAGUUAUUUUAUCUUACUCAUCAAACUGAUUUUUGGAUUUAUGAUAAAUACAUAAAUAUGGCACAAAAGAGAUUUUUGAAAUCAAUAAUAACCCUGCAACGGAAAUACUGGUACAGAACUAGUGAGUUCAUCAGUUUUCGGGAGUCGAAUACCGGUACCUUGCAAAUCUACCAGCCAUACUUUCUACUGUCGCAUUUAACAUGGAGUUGUCCUAGGAGGUGACAACUGACUCCCGCUGCGUAACUUUUCACUAGUACUUGUAGUAGUAACAUGUAACCUGUAACCGAACCACUUUUUUUCGUAGUGCACUUCACAGAUACUUUUUCAUAAUUAAAAAAAAAAAACGAACAUCAAGAUUUUAAAUUAUAUGUUCUGCAUAGCGAGAUUUGAACUUGAACACUUUCGGCCGCAACUAGUUGCAGCUAGCAUCUUUGCGCACUCAGCUACAGGCACAACAUGUAGGUGUGCUUUCAAAUGUUCGCUUUGAAUCAAGCCAGGCGACGAUUUGUUCAAAUUUAAGUUUGUCUUUGCUAUUUAUUUUCCUGUAAUCGAAUGUACUAAAGCUGCAGCGUGACGUUUGAAAUUGUAUUAUUGGGCUGAACUGAUUCUUGAUAAUUUUAACAAAAUUGUCAUUUGAACGCGCUAUAUAGUCGUUUGUGUAUCGAUCGACUUGAAAUUUUCACACAAUAAACUACAAACUAUUCAAAACAAUUUAAGUUUAACACCACUUAAUACUCAAUACAAAUAAAACUACAGGUUUAUAACUUUUUAAUGAGAAUUAAGAGGGUGUUUGUUUUCAAAUGCAAAAGU